GAUAAAGCAAUGCAAGACCAAUCAAAAGCUCUAUAUCAGUACAUGUGUCAGAAAAUUGUUGGAACAGAGGAGCAUGUGAAAACAAUCAGAACGAUGAAUGCUGUCAGAGACAAUUUAUCAAGCAUUGGGAAAAGGACAGACAUCACAAGUGGCAGUUUUGGAGAAGGACUUGAAAUGCGAGGUAGUGAUUUAGAUUUGAUGAGGGUCAUGAUAUGUUAUGAAGUUUGUGAGAACACAAAUAUUACUUUUGAUCCCGAUAAAACCUAUUUUAAAAUGACAACAGAAGAUACACAGCUAGGAUUCACCCUAUUACGUCUGGUACACUGUCAUGAAGAUUACAUUUUUAAACUCUGUGAACAGAUUGGAGGUGAAUACUAUUUUUCAAACAUUUAUAUAAAACAACGGUUAUCUAAUAAGCAUAUUCCGAACAUUCAUGGACCAUGUAUAUCCGACAAGAAUGGUCUCUGCGAUAUUGCAUACUGCUUACAUAGUAAAUCAUGGAUAUCACAAGCACAGCAGUGGAUAACACGCUCAAGUAGUGCGUGGCCGGGAUAUGAAGUUCAACAGUCAAUUAUAACACAUGGCGUUCUUUUUGUUCCAAAAGGUAUUCAAGGAUCUACCAAAGAAGAAUUGGAAUGGCGAAUAUCGUUUUCCGUUGGAGAAAAAAUUCUUAUCUCUACUUUUACGCACACACAAUUACUGUGUUAUGCUCUUUUGAAAAUUCUUCUAAAAGACGUGAUAAAUAUUGACUUAUAUUGUAAAGAAUUACUUUGCUCGUAUUUCUUGAAGACAAUUUUGUUUUGGAUUUCUGAGGAAUUACCAAUUACAAUAUGGCGCCCAGCUAAUCUGAUAUCUAAUUUUAUGAGUUGUUUGAAGAGACUAACAUACUGUGUGGAAAACUCAGUUUGUCCUCAUUACUUCAUUCCUGAGAAUAAUUUAUUUGAGAAUAAGAUGAAAGGACACGCACAAGAAACACUCUUAAAAAAGCUGAAAACUUUAAAUAGUUAUGGUUGGCAAUGUAUUUUGCUGUCAGAUCAAAUAUCGUAUGUCAAUGAAUUAGAAAGUCAAAUUAAUAAAGAAGUGAGUUAUUUUCCUGUUAACAGUCUAGGGCUAAUAUUAUCUCCAUUGAUAUCACUGACAAAUUGUUUUAUCUCAGAGGAUAAUUUUUCGUUGGAGAAAGGAGUACAUGGAGUAUUGUCUUUUAACAGCUCCAAAAUAAAAUACCUGUUGUCGUUUUAUAUGUCAAAGAUGGGUUGCCAUAAAAACCAGUCACUACCAUUUGAUGAAAAAUACGCUAACAAAUCUACCUAUAAACAGUACAAAACCCGUGUAAGUUCUUUAUUACUGAAUACCCGUCAUGAUGCUGUAUCUGGAUGGCUGAUGUUAGCUUCGUUUUUUUAUAGGACUAAAAACUACAAAAAAGCUAUUGACAUCCUGCAGUAUUCUCUUCUUAAGUGUUCUCCCGAAAAACUUUAUGCGGACAUAUAUUUGUCAGAUAUACAGUAUGCAUUAUUCAGUUCAAGUGUACUUAGACAGAUGAAUUUUGUUCAGUUGACUAACAUGUAUUUAGUAAAUCCAGUGCUGUUAACCAGAAACUCUACUAUAAUUCCGCAUGAAUUACGAACCGAAGGAUAUAACGCACAAUACAUAAUACCAGCAGUAAUAUACGCUAAGUUUCUUCAGUUUCUAUGUCAUCUACAUCUAAACAAUAUCAUUGAAUGUCAGUUAUCCCUCCGAUGUUUACAAUUAAUAAUAGAGACAGAGUAUUUGAUAAGUAAAACUAAUAUCUCGGAGAAAGCAAUGGCAUACAAUAUUCUUGGUAUAGCUUUUCAAUCAUUUGGAGACAUCGAAUCAUCUAGACAGGCAUUUCUAAAAUCAGUACAAUUGCUUCCAGAUCCAGCAUUUGGUGAUGCGCCCCAGAGAUUGGCAGCAAUAAAUAUAAUGAACAUAUGAUAAUGUCUAUUAAAUUAAAGAGUUGACUGUGUUGAUUUUCUAUCUCUUGAUAUGUGAUUUAGGAUAAUGCUCAAUUUUUAUUUUGAUGAUUAAUUAUCUAUUCGAGUUAUGUUGAAAAUAAGUCACGUUUAAAUAUAACUUAAAUGUGUUAAUUUUGUAAAAAUCUCUAACAGAGGUGUCAAUUCAUAUUGUGUUUACUAGCAUAAAAACAAUUUCUCAGAAUUUAUUUUUAUUUUUCUAGUGAUGUAGAAAUAAGUACACAUGCAGACUGAUUGUCCUCUAAUUUCAUUGUCUGAAUGUAAAGAGGAUUGACAAUAGCCUAAUACAACGUUGAGGUUUCUCAUUUUUUGUCUUUAUGACACAUUUAUUGUUUAUGACUGAUAAAUUUAGUUUGCCUUCAAGAUCUUGAAGGUGGGAUGAUAAACGAG